AUCUGCAGCACAUCUGCAUCUCAGCCAUGGCAUCUAUUUCGAAGCUUCUGCUUCUCCUGCUGUGCACCUACCACACUCUCGUUGCUCACGCAGGAGAUGACCUUCGCAGCUACAAGCCCGUUGGCUCUCCGGAAUCUGCCACCGUCAACUGCUCCCAGCCCAAAGCCGCGACUCCAUCGUCCGGUGGCGUCACGGUGCCGUUGCACCACCGGCACGGCCCGUGCUCACCCCUGCCCUCCACGAAGGCGCCAACCUGGGAGGAGAUACUCAGGCAUGACCAGCUCCGAGCGGCCUACGUCACACGAAAGUUCUCCGGCGUCAAGGGCGGCGCCGGAGACGUCGAGCAAUCAGACGUCACGCUGCCGACCAGGCUGGGCACCUCCAUGAGCACGUUGGAGUACGUGAUCACCGUCGGCAUCGGCUCGCCGGCCGUGACCCAGACCAUGACCAUCGACACCGGCAGCGACGUGUCGUGGGUGCAGUGCAAGCCGUGUUCCCAGUGCCGCUCCCAGGCGAACCCGCUCUUUGACCCCAGCUCGUCCAGCACCUACUCCCCGUUCUCCUGCAGCUCCGCCGCCUGCGCGCAGGUCAGCCAGGACGGGCAGGGGAACGGCUGCUCCGGCUCCCAGUGCCAGUACAUCGUCACCUACGGGGACCAGUCGAGCACGGCCGGGACCUACAGCUCCGACACCCUCGCGCUGGGCUCCAUCACCGUCAGAAACUUCCAGUUCGGGUGCAGCCAGUCCAACUCGGGCCUCCUUCUGACGCAACAAACCGCGGGGCUCAUGGGGCUGGGCGGCGGCGCAGAGUCUCUCGUGUCCCAGACCGCGGGGACCUUGGGCAGGGCCUUCUCCUACUGCCUCCCGCCGAAUCCAGGCUCGCGCGGGUUCCUCACUCUCGGCGCACCAACUUCCACUUCCGGCUUCGUCACGACGCCCAUGUACAGGAACCGCGGGGCGCUGACGUUCUACGCCGUGCGCCUUCAGGCCAUCCGGGUGGGAGGCAGGCAGCUCAACAUACCCGCCUCCGUCUUCUCCGCCGUCUCCAUCGUCGACUCCGGCACCAUCAUCACGCGGCUGCCGCCCACCGCGUACUCGGCGCUGGCCUCCGCGUUCAAGGCCGGCAUGAAGCGCUACCCGACCAGCGGGGGCUCCGACACGUGCUUCGACUUCAGCGGCCAGUCCAACAUCAGCGUGCCCAGCGUCGCGCUCGUGUUCUCCGGGGGCGCCGUCGUCAACCUCGCCUUUGACGGGAUCAUUCAGGACGGCUGCCUCGCCUUCACGGACAGCGGCGAUGACCGCUCCAUCGGCAUCAUCGGCAACGUGCAGCAGCGGACGUUUGAGGUGCUGUACGACGUCGGUGGCGGCUCCUUCGGGUUCAAAGCAGGUGCAUGCUGAUCGAUCGGCGCGCACAAGGAUCUCGAUCUCGAGUGUGCCGUCUGCUGCAUGAACUGAAGGGGGGCCAAACCGGCCGUCAACUAUAUAUAGUUCUUCGAUUUCAAUUAGUACUUUUCUGAUUGCAACAUAUGCAAGCGUACUACAAACUAAUUACCACCAAAUAAUUUUAAUAUUAUCAUCAUAAUAUAUAAUUAUAAAUAAAUGCCACUUCUCAUCUAUAAAUUUUGUAUGACUAUGGGGGAGUAUGAGUACCACCCCAAUUUUCUGAUUUCAAAGUGAUCGAGGUGUACCUACGAUCACUUUGGACUUUUGGU